AGCUUUUUUGGCUCAAGCCAUUGUUGCCCAAUGUUCAGGUGGUUCAAAGUGGUGUCGAUUGGGAAAGAUCCGGCGCGCCCUCGUCGAUUGGCGCUUUGAUCCUGGCAGCAUAUGGCACGUGGUUUGCGCAACUCGUUCCUGAUAUUUGCAGCGCUUGUCAUCGCUGCGCAGGGCAUCGAGAAUAUAUCAAACAGUGGUAUCAGCGCCCACCAGGAUUUAGAUGAGGAUGAGGAUGAGGAUGAUUACGAUGACCCGCCAGGGCGGCUUAUGGCAUGGGGCGUUACUUCGGGACGCUUUCCAAACACUAGCUUUCCAUCGGGCACCAGUAUUUCUUGCUUCGGCACCCAGUUUUUCGCUCAUGAGGUAUCGCUUGGCUUUCCAUUGAGUGAGAAGUGCGUCGUUAUCAUUGAUCACAUUUCAGAUUUUGACGGAGGUUGUAGUUCUGAUGAUAUUUUUAGUCCUGCACAUGCACCCAAUCGGACAAAAAUUGGGACGUUGGGCCCUGCGGACAUUCAGAACGACAUGCGCAUAUUGCUGCUCGACCCUCCGCGCAGGAUUCCAUUAUUCUUUCACACGAAAGAGAAGUGUGUUGUACAUCAAGAACCCAUGCGCCUGCGCAAACAUGGGGCCUCAACCGGUGCUACUGAUGUUCGCGUAGGUUUUGCACACUUGGCCUCAGAUGUGCACUACUACAGCCACACCCGUCGUCAAUAUACCAUCGACCGAGCAUGGUUUGCACAUGCUCCUGGCUUGGCUACACCAGACGACAGUGGUGCCUUUGUGGAAGGUUUGGUGAAAACUAAUGGUACCAAGAAGUGGUGUUCCAUGGGGAUGUUGCUUGGUGGUGGCGGUGUCGACAACAGUUUCGUGGUUGUGUUGCCCAUUAGCACGAUGAUGGAAUUUGCAAGAAUCCACGCUCAAUUUUGUGAAUCAAAUGUGCACCUGGAACUAUGAGUUUACUUGCGACUUCACAUAUUACGUCAAAGGGCGAAGGUAUUAGAAGCUCUUAACAGACUGAAGGCUGCUGAGUGAAGCAGCGCAGGGGAUGUAUUGGGCUGUGAUGCAGCAGAGGCAGCUGUUGUGAAUGACUCACAAGUUCAUACUUUACUUCAAAGGGCGAAGAAGCUGGAUAUUUUUUUUGACAAAUUGGACGCCGCUCUGUUGAGCUACAGUGUAAAGGAAAUGAUACGGGCCUGUGAUAAGGCAGAUGCUGCUGGUAUGAUUGACUGGCGGGUUGAUGAAUUACGUCGACGGGUUGGGAUUCAAAUCAUGGUUCGGAAGAAAUUUCGUGAAUAUCGCUGGAGUGAGCGUCGUUGUCGUCAAAAACCAACUGAUGAUAUGGGCGUGCAGCGCUUGUUUACGUGACAGGACAAUGAGGGAGCGCAUCUUGAGAUGAGUUCCUCGAUCCCCCCCCAACCAGCCACCCAGCUUGCCAGCCACAGCCAGCCAGCCGCAGUCAGCGAGCCACAGCCAGGCAGCCAGUCAGCCUGAUGGAAACAAAACUACAUGGCCACUGAUUAAAAGUGGUACUGAAUCAUGUUAUGCACGUAUGAAAUAUAAGAUCCCAGCACCUCCCCAACCAGAAGGGCCUCUAUCAUUGGUUCACCUUAUUUGAGAUCACACAGGGGCCUCAUUGGGAUCAGUGUAUGUGUUGGACGGAGCAGGGUUGGAUAUCUUUUCUAGUCGAUACGCUUAGACAGCUGGAGAUGACAAAGGUUUUAGAGUUCUGCUUGAUCAAGGACGCCUCUUCGGGUAUGCAUCGGAAGGAGGAGGAGGGUACUGCCGCACAACAACAGAAUGAACUCGACCGUCAGGCUAAAAUAUUGGCGGUUUUGUUCUCGGAUGAAACGCGGUGGAGGAUUAAUGCGGACUGGCUGUGUAUGGAACUGCGGGGAGACAGUCAAUGUGUGGCUAGAUGGUUGACGGGCCGAUAUAGAUGCUUGAACGAAGU